CGUGCACAGUCAGUGGUCUCUCUUCUUGUCCAAUCGUGCGUGUCCUCAGUCAGCACUCUCUCCACCCAACAGCAGCAGAACGCAGGCUGCCACCGCCGGAGCACCAGCAAAGGAACGACCCUUUGUGCUUCACCGACUGAUGCGCACUAUUCUAAGGAAAAUCAUCACCAGACAUCCAGGAGAGAACAGUACGUGAAGCACAAUGGGACCAUUCCAAGAAUAUGAGGAGAAGAAGUCACCAGAGAAAGGAAGUCCUCGCAGCCGCAUCCCACGCUUGGUCCUCCAUCCCAACAGACCAAAAGACAAAGGCUCCCCUCUAUCUGAUUCACCUUUUUCAGAGGAGGAGGGAAAGGAGUGUGACAUGAGCUCAGACCACUCCAAAAGGACCAUCAGCACCAACAGCUUUUGUUCAGAUGACACCGGCUGCCCCACUAGUCAGUCUGUGUCCCCCUCCAAAACCCCGUCAGGCUCAGAGCAGAGUGACCGCACCUCUCCCAAACUGCCGGAGCGCAAGACCAAAGUGAAGCGAGUGAGGGUGAUGGCCGAGGGAAGCGGCGAACCAAGGAGCACCCAGAGACACAAGAGGGAGAUGAGAUCGGCCAUGAAAGCCAGAGGUAGUGAAGCAGACUUCAGCUCGUCCAGCAGCACAGGCAGCCUGAAGGCCAAGGAGAGCCUCAAUUUUAGUUCAGCUGGAAAGAAAGCACCAACACGCAGUCGUGGGGCCCACGUAAGACCACUCCCAGUGUUCAAACCAGCGGGGAGCCCUACGGCAAACCGGGAUGCAGAACUCUAUGCUCCCUGCAGGACCCCUCCCAGAGUGGACUCUUCAACCAACAGCAGCAGCUGCAACUCCAGCCCCACAUCCAGCAGAAGAGCGAACCUGGGUCGAUACCACUCCUGUGGAGACAACCAUGGCAUCAGACCCCCAAACCCCGAGCAGUAUCUCACUCCGCUACAGCAGAAGGAGGUGGCCAUCAGACACCUGAAGACCAAACUGAUGGAGUCUGAUAACAGAGUGCAUGACAGGGAGACUGAGAUUGAUGAGCUCAAGUCCCAGCUCUGCAGAAUGAGGGAAGAUUGGAUUGAAGAGGAGUGUCACCGUGUGGAAGCUCAGCUGUCCCUCAAAGAGGCUCGCAAAGAGAUCAAGCAGCUGCGUCAGGUGGUGGAAACCAUGAAGAGCAGCCUGAUGGAGAAAGACAAAGGUAUCCAGAAGUACUUCAUUGACAUCAACAUCCAAAACAGGAAGUUGGAAUCCCUGUUGCAAAGCAUGGAGCUCGCCCAAAGUGGUUCCACCCUCCAAGAUGACAACACCUUAGACUUCAUGUGCGACAGCCCUGAUAGUGGUGGGAAGAAGAUGGAGGAGGAGGAGGUCGGACUGGAGCUCGGGGAACAAGGGGCAGAGGCGAUGGCAGACAGUGGGCUGCUGGUGAACGAUGAGAUGGCCAACCGAGAGGACAUUUUGGAGCAGGUCCUCAUGUCCACUGCAGUGGAUUUCAGUCAGGACUUGAGUAUUACACUAAUGCCAGAGUCUGGACCUGGGGUGUCUGCCAUAACAGAAGAGGGACAGUUGAUUGAUGAGUCUGCUGCACCGCCACCAGAUCUACCAAAUACAGUUUCCACUGCGGUCACCUCAAGCGCACCUUCCCAGCAGUACACAGAAGAUAAAGAAAUCCAGACUGAAAUAAUGCCCAUAUCUUCAGACCUGCAGGCUCUGCUCCUCCAGCUGCUGAAGUUUCACGGAACAACCGGGGACACAGCUCUGUCAGCCUCCACCAACCUUCUGGGCAUCCCAAACCUACCCGCCUCCUCUUCUUCUUCCACUGCCAAUUUCCCCGAAUCCACACCUCUGGCACCCAGCAUGCCAACACCUACCACCCCAGAGAGCCCCGACACCUCCACCGACUCCGGCAUGUGCUGCUCUGAACCUGCAGAGAGCCGCCGCUUCAUGGAGGAACUGGACUUUGUUGUGGGCGAGGAGGAACCUCUUCUGUCACCGGGUCUGGAUGUGGUCGGAAAGCGUUACUGGAGCAACAGCUUUUUUGUGGAUCUGGUUGCCGUGGCAGCCCCGGUUCUGCCAACUGUGGCCUGGCUUUACUCGCGGCACGGCGUGGACGGAAGCGCUCCGGUGUACAACAUUGCUGCGCUUAUCAGGGGCUGUUGCAUCAUGGGAUUGCACUCUCUUCGUCAAGUCUCUCACAGGCCGGAUGUGUAAAGGCUUCAACCACGCAUGCACACGCCUAACUUUGAACUGAAAGCACUUAAGCAUUUUCUCGAGAGUAUUUGUGAGAUUUGUUGGUUUUUUUUGUUGAACACUUGAUGCAGUUAUUUUUGGUUCCAACACUGUUUCUUUGCACUGUACACUCACCAUGAGUUGAAGCGAAAUGGUGACAUGAAAGGGAUUAUUUUUAAGGGGUUAUUUAUUUAUUAAUCAUUUCCAUGUAUAAGCUAAUCAUCUGGGUAGAUGGUUAAGUGAUAUCAUCGUCCUGUGGUGUCCCUAGUUGUCCCUGUGUUUGGAAAGCUAGGUGUUUAUGUUAGAAUGAGAUUUGUUGGUGGAGAAAGAUUGAAUGUUAGUUCCUGUUUGAUGGGUUCUGAGAAUUCAACUGUUUUUGAGUUAAUGUUCAAAAGGAAACUUUAAACCUUCAGCCAAAGCUUUAAUGUGAGUUCACUGUUUCUUGUUUUG